AUGGCUUCCCCUGCAAACCCCAUUCGAUCUACAACAUUGACGGCUUCAGAGCUCAAGCUUUCUUCGCUGCAAUCAUCACAGGACGGUGACUUCCGCUCGCUCGCUGCCCAGUGGGACGCUCUUGUAGAGAACGAAGGUGGAGGAAGCUGGCCACCUCAACCCGCUCGACCACAAGCCUCGUCUUCGUCAUCGUUGACUUCCUCCUAUUCCUCUGGCCCCACUUGCGCCGCUAUCGACUCCGCCGAAAGUCCAACAUCAUCGUGCUCUUGGUGGCAAGCAUAUCACGACCUCGCUCUAUCCCUUGCUGCCAGCGGCCGCUUCGUCGAUUCUCGAGAUGGGCUGCAUCCCACUCGGGCCGAAUCCGAACUACGAAUCAGGAUCGAUCUGAACCGACAGUGGUUGGCAGAAGAGUUGGAACGAGUUGUGAUUCUUGAUACCAUCAUGCAGCGUUUGAAAGAGUCGUUGGCCCCCGAGGACAACUCGGUCUCGUCAUCGUCUUGUCUCGGCUUCCUCGCCUGCCUUGCCUAUCUCGCACACCUAUACCGAUGGGGAACGAUACCCGUCGUCUCGUUGGCGCAAGACGAGCGGAUGCUGGAGAUGCCGGAAGCGAUCAAUCGACCUCUGGAAGUGCUGAGGGAGAGGUACGGGUUGAAGACUUCUGGAGGAUGCCUCUGGAGUAUGACUCUACUCAAUGUUGAUGCGAACAGUCAAGACGGGAUCGUCUACUCCAACAUGCGACACAUCCGAGAAGACUACCCGGAUGCUUGGGACGCUGAACGCCUCAAUGCGUCGAUCUUCUACGACAUGGAACGCUUGGCGGUACCUUUCUACCGUGCGAUCGCUGAGCUCGAAACAGAGUCUCUGACAGCCGAAGAAAUAACCACGACGCUUCGCACCGCCAACGUCUCACUUAAAGCCGCCUUCAAGAUCUUUUUCGACACGGUCCGCGAAGGCCGGAUCAAGAAGGAUGUAUGGAUGUCACACGCGCAGGGUUUCCAUGGAUGGGGAAUCGACGACUUUGAUGGUGUCUCGGGGGACCAUUCAUUGUUGAUCAGGACGUUGGACGCUUUCUUGGCUAUUCCCAAGCACACCGUCGCAGAAGUUCCGACGGCGACCCGAACCGGUAUGGAGGUGGACGGAAGAACAACGUCGUGGUCGUCUUGGCUCGCGUCAUGGAUCCUUCCGUGGCGUCGGGAUACAUCACAAAGUCCUGAGUCUACAUCGUCAACCGCUCCUGCUUUCACCGGUGUUCCUUACUCGGAUGAUUACCUCCCAACCCACCAAGUCGCCUGGAUAGCCGCCGUCCGCGCAGCCAACCUUCGCCCUCGACUCGCUCGUGAAGCUCCUGAAGAGCUCGCCGAGACCGUACGCCUCUUGCGCUUAUGGCGCGCAGCACAUACACGCAAAGCCGUAUACUACGAGAAUCUGCACCUUCCGGAAAGACGGCCGAUGACGGCGAGUGGUGGCGUUGGAGGCGGUGUCGCGGAUGGCAAGACGGAAGACGUCGGCGAGAUGAUUCGGAAAUUGGAGGCGAGGUUGAAGGCGAGGAUCGAGGCGACGCAAUGA